AUUAAAAGUGUUUGUAUCCUGUCAACAAGGGUAUUGCAUGCACUGUGACUUUUUUAACUUAAAAAAGUGUAGGCAUCAGAUACAGCCACAGCUGGGCUUGAACUUUGUCCUACCUCCAGAUAGAAAAACAACAGGCAGAGUAUAAAAGGGGGGAGCAGUGGAGGAAGAGACUUGUUUUUGUUCAAGGAGUUCCAACAACGCAGAGCUGAGCACAGAGAACGAAACCUUUUAACCAAAGGGUUGGAGUAGUGAGGAGGCACCACAGGGAUGUGGGCGUGCCUUAGCCUACUCAUCACUCUCUGCCUGCUCCAUGGGGGCGGUGCAGAGAGUGACGGGGGUGGGCCUCGCUGUCAGCUGCCUCCAGCUUGGAAGAUAGGGGAGGUGGAGCCUAUGAAUGGAGCGAUGGGCCAGGUGACGGUGCUGGCCCUUUUCCAGGCCAGCUGAUUGUUCUGCUUGGUGCAGGCUUCCAGAAUGGAUGACCUGCGCCAGAAGCUGGAGGGUCAGGGUCUGAAGGAUGUGGUCUACAUGGUCGUUAACCAGCAGACGGAGCAAGCACGGCGCCUGCACACCAUGCUGGCACAGAGACUGUCAGAGAACAUCACACUCUACAAACAGGACGAGCAACAGCCUGAUGUCUGGAAGACACUGAGUGGACAGAAAGAUGACUUUCUCAUUUAUGACAGGUGUGGCCGUCUCACCCACCACAUAUCUCUUCCAUACUCCAUCAUUGGACAAGGCCAUGUUGAGGGUGCGAUCAAAGACACCUACUGCAAACGCAUAUGUGGGGACUGCACUCAUGAGAGCACUGAGACACCAGAAGGGUGCACGGGGAAAGCAGAUGCACAGCCUGACACAGACGCUACCCCAGCUGUACAGGAAGACACUGGGCAUGGUCACGGUCAUGGUCAUGGUCACCACCACGGUCAUCACUAUGGGGUUAACCAUGGUGUUCACCCCCGUGGCCAUGAUCACAACCAUGGUCAUCACCAUGGAAGCCAUGAUGGCGCUGGCCAGCAAGGUGUUGGGCAACAUAAUUUAGAUGUAGGCCAGACGCAGAUGUCACAGGAGGCCCAUCAGGUCCCUUUGAGGCCCUGAGUAAAUGAGGCUAGAUGAAAGUCAAAGUACAGCUGACAGUGGAGAGCAGGCUCUGACAAUGCAGCCUCUCCUAAAGCCAGCUGAUGCUGACACUGACGCAGGCUGUUUGGCGAUGCAGGGAGUGAGCAACUGGUCGGUCUGUGACACUGUGAUGAGGCGCUGCCCGCCUCCUGACAGUGACACGGGCCCAGAGGCGAUACAGCCAUUAAUGUUGUGGAGACCUGACAGUGACGCUCGCCUCCUGCUGCCUGACAGCAGCCUCAGCCAGCCCAAUGAGCCUGACCCCAAGGUGUGAGCUGAGGAUGAGAGCAGCUGUAAGCUGGCUCUGAUAUCAGCCUCAUAUUAAUACCAGAAACAUCGGGACCAAGCGCUCUUUUUACCAACAAGUAUUACCCUGGGAGAGGGCAGGGCAGUCCCUGACAGCAGGCAUAUGAGAUAGAUGAACAUGAGUCCGAGAUCACACUGAUAAAGAUUAAACAAAGUAGAUAAACACAUCAAGUAAAACAUGCAUUGGCGGCUUGUUAACUUGUAACAUUUGGCAACAGGUAUGCAAAUAAUUUGACUAAGCCUUAAAGAAUAUAUGACUUGUUUCACCUGUCUCCGCUUGUCUGUCAGUGAGUUGCUCUCAUCCUUUCUCAGAAGUGUAGUUGUCAUGUUCACAAAUGACCUCCUCCAUUUUGCUCUCUCCAUCCUUUAUGAAACCAGGCGCAGAAACUACGCUCUAGUGGCGUCUGUAUGAAGUCAGGCAGGAGAGAGAGGAGAGGGUAGUUUAGGAACAUGAUAAAUGCUUUAAACAUCUCAAAGUUCAGUAUCCAAGAAUAUUUGAGGGAACAGAAAAAAAUAAGAUAGAUUCUU